AUGGUGAAGACCAACAGCUCCAUGCAAAGCGAUGGGCUUGUCUUCAUAAGGGCACAGUGCUACCGCGGCAAAAAGAAGACUACAUCGCCUUAUACAAUCCAGGCAGCUAUUGGUCAGCAUGGGCAAGUUGUUGGCGGCAACUGCGAAUGCCCUGCUGGGCAAGUUGCAUGCAACCACUUGAUGAGUAUGCUCCGCACGGUUGCCCUGUUGCAAUCCAAAGGCUUUUCGGAAGCACCUCAGCAUAUGACGUGCACAGAUUUGCCACAGCAAUGGAGGGUGCCACGUGGCAAUGCCAUCAAGGCGAGCUCCAUACAAGGAAUUGAUUGGAGGAGCGUGAGGGAAGGUGGUGUGAGCAUCCCAAAGCUUGCAAGGCCAACAGAGCGGCGCCUGAAACCACGCACUGAAGAACAGCAAGCAGCUGCGAAAUAUAAACUUUGCCGAAGGAUGCUUGCAAGAGACGCAAAUAACACAUUUGCUCGAGGGCUGCGGCUUACACCAGGGCAACCGUCUAAAGAGACAAAAUACGGCCUGUCCCCAGCUUCAUCGCCGCUUGCAUACCAGCAGGCACUGCUGCCUCAUAUAUUUAGUGCCCAGCUGUCUGGCAUUACGCCAGUGUCACUUGCCUGUGCCCAGCUGGUGCCGGCUGCAGACCUGUUCAAGAAUGCUGAGCCUUGGCUGCCAGUUGCUCACCAAAGCAGCACUGAAUUUAUUGAGGCGCUUGUGUGCUACGCUGCGUCCGAGGCCAUGCAUCUCAUACACCCAAUAUUUGACAGCAGUCUUGUAGAAGCCCAGUACGGUAUCUCCAACGAGCCCAUGGCUGCAAAGCGCUACGAGGAGGUGCUUCAGACCAUGGGUCACGACGCGACUGUUGUACACUGUGGCCUGCUGGUCAACCCCGCCUUCCCUUGGCUCGGAGCAUCACGUGACAUGCUCGUGUUUGAUUCAGCGGAAGCCUCAUAUGAGUUCCUAGCUCUGCCUGAGACGUAG